CUCUGUUAUUGUACUGAACGGCUUUUAUUCUGAAGGGCAGUUUAGACGCUGAGGGAGCUUCCGGGGAAGGCAAUGCUAACAGCUAACGGCUAAUAGACUGAAAACUUAACUUCCCGUCACUUUCCGAACAGAACCAGGACCCAGGAACCGCUUCGAACCAACAACCGAACCUCUUCUCAUGCCGCUUCAGCUCUGACGAGGCUUUUGGCAACCGUUCGUGCACGCGCCCGGUUUCCAUGGCCACGGAGGAGUUGUACGAGGUGGAGCGCAUCGUUGACAGGCGGCGGAGCAGGAAGGGGCGGGUGGAGUACCUGGUGAGGUGGAGAGGCUACGGCUCAGAGAGCGACACCUGGGAGCCGGAGACUCACCUGUCCGCCUGCAUGUCCUACGUCCACGAGUUCAACCGACGGCACUUGGAACGGGACGCUGCCCUGCUGCGCUCCACCCGUGGGUCCCCCUGCGGCGCCAUCCGACCGGAGCCUCGGCCCCCCACGGAGGCCCCACCCCCGGACUCUUUCGGUCCCGCACGCCGCAGCGUGGACCUGGCCAAGAGCGGGAUCAAGAUCCUGGUUCCUCGGAGCCCCAUGAACCCGCGGCCGGACUCGGAGGACUCGCCCAGUGAGGCUACGCAGAGCCUGGAGGCGGGCGCUCAGGAGGCGGGAGCUCAGGAGGCGCACCCGGUCCCACCGGAGGUCGCCCUGCUGGAGAAACCGGUGGCCAUCCAGCUGGCGCCCGGCCAGGAAAGGGCCCGCAUGGGGACCCGGCCCCGGAACCAGAACCCGCUGCCAUCGCUGCCGCCACCAGCCCCCAUGACCCCCAUGACCCCUGCGGCGGUCCACUCCCUCUGCAGCUCCGGGAACACAGCGGUGAUGGAGGCCGUUACCGGGGCGACCGGAGCCGUGGGAAAGCGGCGGCUGGAGGAGCGCUCCACAUUCGACAAGAGGCUGAGGGUCAGCGUCCGCCAGACGGAGAGCGCCUACCGCUACCGCGACAUCGUGGUGAAAAAACAAGAUGGCUUCACCUACAUCCUGCUGUCCACCAAGAGCUCCGAGAACAAUGCGCUCAACCCGGAGGUGAUGAAGGAAAUCCAGAGUGCCAUGGCAACAGCGGCGUCCGAUGACAGCAAACUGGUGUUGAUCGGUGCUGUCGGUAGCGUCUUCUGCUGUGGCCUUGACUUCCUGUACUUCAUCAGGCGACUGGCAGACGACAGGAAGAAGGAGAGCAUCAAGAUGGCCGAAACCAUCAGAACCUUCGUCAACACCUUCAUCCAGUUCAGGAAGCCCAUCGUGGCGGCAGUGAACGGCCCGGCACUCGGACUCGGCGCCGCCCUCCUGCCUCUGUGCGACGUGGUGUGGGCCAAUGAGAAGGCUUGGUUCCAGACGCCGUACUCCACCUGCGGCCAGACGCCCGACGGCUGCAGCUCUUUCACCUUCCCUCGCAUCAUGGGCCCGGCCUCGGCUAACGAGUUGCUGCUGGGCGGCAGGAAGCUGACGGCCCAGGAGGCGUGUCUUAAGGGUUUGGUGUCGCAGGUGUUGUGGCCGGCAACGUUCACGCAGGAAGUGAUGCUACGGAUCAAGGAGCUGGUGGCCGUCGACUCUCAGGUUCUGCAGGAGUCCAAAGCCCUGAUGAGGAGCACCAGCCGCGGCGCCCUGGAGCAAGCCAACGAACGCGAGUGCGAAGCCCUGAAGCGCGUUUGGGGAUCCCUGCAGGGAACGGACUCCAUCCUGCAGUUUCUGCAGAAGAGAACAGAACUCUGCUAGAACCAGAACCAGACCGGUUCUGCCUCUGUUUCAGGACCGAGAUGUGGUGGUCCAGCCUUGGCCCAGUGGACUGGUCUGGUGUCGCCCAUUGUAUCUGAGCAAACCUGCAUGUUCUGGACCGACUCCUGGUUCCACCCGAUUCUGGUUCCGUAUGGGCCGGUUCUUGUCGUGUCUGGUCCUAAGUCCAUGUGGUUCUGGUUCUGUACAGGCUGGACCGGGUUCCUCUGUGGUUCCUGUUCUCACAUCUGUUGGAGAGAAUGGGAUUCGACCUGGAUGGAGGUUCUAGACUAAACCUGGCUAGUGGUUCUGGUCCAUAAAGACUGAGACUGUGCAGCGCCUCCCCCAGGUCUGGUCCACCUCCAGGGGGCGCCAGUGAACACUCAUGAUGCAUUCUGGGUAAAUGAGACUGUUGGAGAUUGUGUCACAUUAAAGUCACAUGACUAAC